AUUUUCUCUGCUGAUUUUCAGCAGAAGCAUGGCGGACGUAGAUUCGCUACAUGAUUUAAGUUCAGAUCAAAACGAAGACCAGAGUGCGGUGGAUGCUGAUGUUGAAGAGGACGAGGUGUCAGAGAGGGGAGAGGACCCAGCAUCUAGGAAGAAACACAAAAAAUUUCAGAAGAAGAGAAGACAUAAAGACAUCGAGCGUUCCAGUGGGGAUUCGGUGACGGAAGACGACGAAAUUAACAAACCCGACCCCCUCCCCGUGAUUUCCAACGACAAAGAACAGCAACAGUCGGGCAUGGAGGCCGAUUAUGAGAGUCAGGACACGGGAACCAGACAAACCGCUCCUCAGGACAGCAAGAAGAAAGGGUCGGUCGGGGCGGAGGGCCCCAUCUCCUCUAAUGCUCCUGAGACAUCACUCUCAGGAUUACAGAAAAUUCAGAAAGCUGUAGAAUUAUUGUCUAUGUCCCAUGGUGCACCCAAAAGUAUGGAGGAAGCUACAAAGAAGAGAUACAAAUUCUGGGAGACACAGCCUGUGCCUGAAAUAAAUGAGAAGAUCCAGGACAUAAAUCAACCAAUAGAGGAGGAUAAACCGGUGGAGGAGAUCAGGACCGAGCCCUACAGUCUCCCCUCAGGAUUUGUCUGGGACACACUCGACCUUCUAGACCCACUCAUUUUAAAGGAACUUUACACUCUGUUGAAUGAGAAUUAUGUAGAGGAUGAUGACAAUAUGUUCCGAUUUGAUUACAGUCCAGAAUUUUUACAAUGGGCCCUGCAGCCCCCAGGUUGGUGUAAGGAGUGGCAUUGUGGGGUUAGAGUGGCUAAAAGUGCCAAACUGGUGGGUUUUAUUAGUGCUGUACCAGCUCUCAUCAAAAUGUAUGACAAGAAGAAGCACAUGGUAGAGAUUAAUUUUCUGUGUGUCCACAAAAAACUACGAUCAAAACGAGUGGCCCCAGUGUUGAUAAGGGAAAUAACUCGCAGGGUAAACCUCAAAGGACUGUUUCAGGCAGUGUACACAGCAGGAGUUGUCCUCCCUAAACCCGUAGCCUGUUGUAGAUACUGGCAUAGAUCUUUAAAUCCAAGAAAAUUGAUAGCUGUCAAGUUUUCACAUCUGACACGAAACAUGACAAUGCAAAGGACAUUGAAACUUUACAAGUUACCAGAGAAUCCAAAGACCCCUGGCUUCCGAAAGUUUACUCCGGCUGACGUCCCUGAAUCUUUUGAGUUAUUAAAAAAGUAUCUAGAAAAGUUUGACCUGUCUCCAACAUUUUCAAUUGAAGAAUUCCGCCAUUGGUUUAUCCCUAGGCCUGGAAUUGUUGACUCUUAUGUCGUUGAGAAGAACGGAAGCAUUACUGACUUUGUCAGUUUCUACACCCUCCCCUCCACCGUCAUGCACCACCCCCAAUACAAGAUGCUGAAAGCUGCCUACUCAUUUUACAAUGUCAGUAAUGUCACCCCCUGGGUAGAUCUGAUGCAGGAUGCACUCAUUGUUGCAAGAAAUAUGGAAUUUGAUGUCUUCAAUGCAUUAGACCUGAUGGAGAACAAAGAAUUUCUGGAGAAGCUGAAGUUUGGGAUCGGGGACGGAAAUCUUCAGUACUACCUGUAUAACUGGCGGUGUCCGCAGAUGCAACCACACCAGGUUGGUCUAGUACUUCACUGAGAGUUAUGUCCCCUAGAUUUAAUUUAUGAAGAUAUUAUUAACCUGCAUGUACAUAUGGCCUAUUGAAGAUGCCUUAAAACAUGUACAUCAUAACAAAGAAAAUGUCUGAGUGAGUGUGAUCUGGAUGUGUGGGUUGACUGCCUUUAGAGAACAGUUUACCAAAACCAGAGUGAACUUACAGUAAAUGGUAUAUUACCAUUAUGUGCCAAUGGAAGACAUGAAUUCCUGCAUCCUAUCAAGGAAAUGCUGAACACUCACCAACUUUCUUCAUUUAUUGCUAUAACUCUCUCAGUCUUCAGCCAUGGAUAUUACAUGAUGGUGAACAUACUGGGCUAUCUGUGCAUGUCAUUGACUAGAUAUUACGAAUUAUAUUGUUAAGGAAUAAAAUUGUAUGACUUUAA